AUGGGGAUUUCGACGACGAAUACCGCUGUCUUUGUGUGUAUAUUAUCACUGACUGUUUGCUCAUUGGCGUCUCCUAGAUAUACAAGAGAUUCAUGCGACUUGGGAACACCAGGUGCCGCCUGUGGUUCCGAUGGUCAAUCAUGGGGAGCAGGAGGGACUCCCGCUCGGGCUCCAGCUCCAGGACACUCACCGGGUUAUCCUCCAGCUAGAGCUCCUACACCAGGACAUCCAGGUUAUCAACCACCAAGAGCUCCUGCUCCAGGACCUUAUCCUGCUGCCCCUCAUGCUCCUGGACCUCAACAGCCUUAUGCUCCAAUUGCACCUGCAAAUGCACCCGGUGUACCUUACGCUCCUGGCAAUCCACCUAAUGCGCCUCCUCCAUACUAUCCACAGGCUCCCCAGGCGCCACCCCCAUAUCAACCAAAUGCUCCGUCCCCUCCUAGCUAUGCUCCAAAUGCCCCAAGUAUGCCUGGAUUCGCACCUGGUCCUCCUGGAGCCGGUGUUCCAUUUGGUCCUGACGGGAAUGAUGCUGGUGGUAGUUCUGAUCAGCAAUCAGCUGAUCCAGCUCCAGCUCCUCGGGCACCCGCUCCCCCAAUGCCACGUGCUCCGACUUUUGUCCCCGCUGCACCCAGACCAGCAGCUCCCAGACCUCCCGUGUAUGCGCCAGCUGCUCCAAGGCCCGCCGCACCUGCACCAGCUGCACCAGCUGCACCAGCAGUUCCUGGAACGAGAUUCGCACCGGCUGCCCCAGGUGAAGGUGGUGAUGGUGGAGAUGGAGUAGAUGUCGGUGAAUAUGAUGGUGAAGCUGGUGCUGACUACGGACAUUACGAAAGUGAAGGUUCAAGCGGCAGUGACGAAAGCAGUGGAAGCAGUGAAGAAUAUUACGAUUACGGUUCUGGUGGUAUUGAUGGUGGAGAUGGUGCUGAUGGUGCUGAUGGAGGUGACGGCGCCGGUGGGGCUGGUGGGGGUGAUGGGGGUGAUGGAGCUGAUGGAGUUGGUGGAGUCGGUGCUGGAACAGGGGCUGCUGGUGGUCGUGGAGGACUUCCACGCGCUCCUUCUCGUCCUGGCACUCCUAGAGCUCAAGGUGGUCCACGUGCUCCAGGCAGCCCUCGUGCACCAGGCGGCCCUCGUGCACCAGGCAAUCCACGUGCUCCAGGUAUUCCACGUGCACCAGGUAUUCCACGUGCUCCAACCAGACCCGGUGUCCCUGUUCGACCUUAUGCCCCAGGACCACGUCAGUCUGCUCCAAGAGCUCCAGGAGGUCCAGGAGCACCAGGAGCGCCAGGAGCGCCAGGAGCGCCAGGAGUGCCAGGAGCGCCAGGAGCGCCAGGAGGAGGGCCGGCCCAUGCCCCAAGUGGAGGAAGCUGCAACAACAAUGGUCCAUCUGGUCAAGCUUGUUCCGGGGGAGUGUCUGGAAAACGUUAAAUAUUAAUGGAAUGCCUUACAUGAAUAUAGAUACAGAUUUCUACAGAGACCAUAUAUUUUUCAGAUAAUCUUAACCCAAUCGGCCAGUAUUGCUAAGUUUAGUUACUUAAAUUUAAUUAUAUGGUAGAUUCGAUCAAUUUCCAAAAUUUUCAUUGAAUUUCAGUGAGUAACUCAUAUUGUGACGGGGCCCUUUUUACACGGAGCAGUUGAUGACAUUCCAAGAUUAUCUUGGAUAUGUCUUUGUCCAACCUCUCUUCGAAUACAAAUGUUCUGUUUACAAAAUGGCAUUUAGGACGGACUAAUCUGCUAAAUGAUAUUUGUUGUGAUAAAUAAUGUCAAGAAUGUGAUAUUGAUGUACAAUCUCAGAUACUUUAUCUUGCUAUUCCUAUUUGUAUAGAGGAAGUGAAAGGCUUGCCCCAUUAUCUUAUUCUCUUAUUUAUUUAUUUUUUAGAGACCUAAACAGAAUUAAUAUCCGUCUUUACACCGCUAAAACUAAAGCUCAUAAUGAUAACUUACAUGUAACUUAUAAUUUAGUAAAUAACGUUCUUCGAAUCAGGCCCCUCCUACAUAACCAAUCGAUUGGUUCUUCUAAAAUUCAUAUGUUCGGAAUCAUAUAGCGUUAUCUGCCUCAUAUUGUGAACUGCACUAUUUGCAUCCCAAAUUGUUAUGUUUUCGAAAAAUUAAUUUCGUCUAACACUACGGUCUUAUUUUAUUUCUUUCAACAUAUCAAAUCAUUUUCCUGCUCAUGUUCUUGAUUAUUUAUAUUUAUUUGUAUGAUUUUGCUGUGUUUG